CAUCAUUCACUCUUUCUCAUUCUCUCUUCUCUCUAACCACCAUAACCACUUUUUUUCACCACCACCACAAACUCCCAUUCUUCUUCAACCACCACCUUCGCUUUUCAUCACUCAUCACCUUCCAUGCUCUUAUUCAAGAAUCCGUAGCCGCUUCCAUGGAUACUCAUCUCAAGAUCCAUCACCAUUUUCAACUAGUGUAAUUGUCAAGAUCAAAGCUACGACGGAUCCGAGUUUAUUUCUCGAAAAGAUACUUAUCUCGAAGUGCCUCACCUUCAUCUCCUUCAAAGAACAAAGAGAGCAAUCGGAUUUCUCCUCAAAUCUUGAUCAAUAUCUCUCCAAGUAUCCAAAGUCAACACUUCUCAUCAAGAAUGGCUAACAUUGUGACCGUCGACAAAAAGACUACGAAGCAUACCUUCUCUUGCAGUUUCUACCGUGAGGAUAUAACACCUUUGGUUCGAUUGAGCACCCGAGUUACUGGGCAAAAUUUGGAUGAAUUCAGAAAGACUUAUGGCCACAUUCUGCUUAUGUUAACUACUCGUAUUGAUGAGUGGGGUCUCUACACUCUUCUUCAGUUUUAUGAUUCUGAGCUGCGCUGCUUUACCUUUCAAGAUUACCAACUAGCCCCUACCCUCGAAGAGUAUGCACACAUUCUUCAAAUCAAAGUUCAACAUAAGGUUCCUUUUGUGUGUGCACCUGAGAAGCCCAAAAUGGAUCGCAUUGCUGAUGCUCUUUAUUUAAGCAUGAAGGACGUUAAGGAUAACUGGAAGCCUAAUGGUGGGACCCAUGGAUUCUAUGUGAAGUUUCUGAUGAGGGAAGCUGAAACCCUUGCUGAUAAGGAAAAGUGGAAAGAAUUCAAUGCUCUGCUGGCCGUCAUGAUCUAUGGAUUAGUGAUGUUCCCGAAUAUUCCAAAUUUUGUUGAUCUCACUGCCAUUUGUCUCUUCAUGGAUCAAAAUCCUGUACCCACUCUGUUGGCCGACACUUAUUAUGCCAUCCAUUCUAGGUAUGGAAAAAAAGGAUCAGUUGGGGGUUGUUUGCCAAUACUGUACGAAUGGUUUUCUUCACAUUUGCCUAAAAGCGGAGCAUUUGUCACUACAAGAGAUUCACAGAAGUGGCCCCAAAGGAUUAUGGGACUUACUGCAAAUGAUAUUGUUUGGUAUCACCUCCGAACGGACAUCGAGCAAGUUAUAACCAGAUGUGGCAGUUUUGGCAAUGUUCCUCUCAUAGGGACAAAAGGAGUUAUCAACUAUAAUCCGAAGCUAGCACUGCGCCAGUUGGGUUUUGUACUGAAGGACAAGCCUUUGGAUAAAGAGAUAUUUGAGUCCGUUUGUUUUGAAAAAGGAACCGAUCCAGAAGGUUUGGAGAAAGUAAGGAGUGCGUGGAACAAAAUUCAUACAGAAGACCGAACUACCUUGGGGGGAAAGAAUGCUAUUGCUAAGAAAGCUUAUACUGAAUGGGUUGAAGAAAGAGUUAAGGAGCGCCUGCUGCCUUUCCCAAAGGUUAGCCCUCUAUAUGAACAACCACCUGAGAUUUUAACUGCCACUGUACCAGCUGAGGAGUACAACCAAGUACAUGUGGAGAAUAUCAGGUUGCGAGAAAAAGGGGAAGACGCUAAAAUAAAGUACUUCUUGGUGGAUCAGAAAAGGGCUGAAUUAGCACAUGAGGUUAAAAUGCUGAAAAGAGGAUCUUCCAGAGUUCAAAAAAGGGCUAGAACUGAAAAGGGUGAAAGAGCUACCACUGUUCGUAUUGAGGACCAUCAAAGGGUUAUAGAAGAAGCGGUGAAGAAAGCAGAAGAAAAACUCAAGCGAGAGUACAGAGAAGAUUUAAGGGCUCACAAGCUCAGAGUAGAGAAAGAGGCUAGGGCCGAAGUACAUCAGAUGGUGUUCUUAUCUGACUGA